AUAAGUUAUGAUGCACUGUUCAUCAUGAAGGCUAGAUGGAGAAGGUUUGGACACGCUAACAAUCGUCUGGGAAUCUGGGAUGCUUCAAACAUUUGGCAAUAUACUGAGAAGGCCCCUUCAGAGACUUAAGCCUGCUCAAACUGUGAAACCAUGGAUCUCUAUUACUUUAUAUGGGUGUAUAAAAAUAUCAAAUUGCAAUCAAGUUCAAAACUUGAGACACCAGUCAAUGCAACCAGAAUUUGGAGAGUUUUGUGUGACUUUGGGGCCUAUGUUUGCUGGAAAAACUACCACUCUUCUGAAGAGGACAAGGGCUGAUAGCACCACAGGAAGGAGUGCAUUUUCACUAAGGCAUACAAGAACGGAAGAAGAAUUCAUUCGCAAAUGACUGUCGUUGGUUUUCUCCCUAAUCAAUAUCUAACAGUCAAGCUGCUAAUCCUGUAUGCAAAAUCAGGCGAUAUGGAUACUGCACACAUUAUUUUUGAUAGGUUGCAAUUUAAAUGUCUUGUCUCGUGGAAUGCAAUGAUCGCAGGGUAUGUGCAAAAGGGAAUGGAAGAAGUGGGCUUAUGCCUUUAUUACAAAAUGAAACGAUGCGGCUUGAAACCCGACCAAUACACUUUCUCAUCAGUCUUUAGGGCAUGUGCCUCUCUGUCGAUUUUGGAACAGGGUAGACAAGCACAUGCCAUGAUGAUCAAAAGGCUAAUAUGUAGAAACGUUGUUGUUAACAGUGCCCUCAUGGAUAUGUAUUUCAAAUGCAGUUGUCCCUACGAUGGGUACCUCGUCUUUGAGAGGUCCUUGGAGAAGAAUGUCGUAACAUGGACUGCUCUGAUUUCUGGAUUUGGGCAGCAUGGUAUGGUAGUAGAUGUGCUGGAUUCUUUCCAUAGAAUGGUCAGUGAAGGCUUUCGACCCAACACUGUCACGUUUCUUGCGGUUCUUUCUUCUUGUAGCCAUGGAGGCUUAGUGGAUGAAGGCAGAGAGUAUUUUUCUUCAAUGAAGAGAGAUUAUGGGAUCCAACCAAGCAGGAAACACCAUGCAGCCAUGGCUGAUCUCUUAGGACGUGCUGGUAGAUUAGAAGAGGCUUAUGAGUUUGUCAAGAACUCUCCCUUUAAGGAGCAUCCUGCGUUAUGGGGUGCUUUGCUUGGGGCUUGUAAGGUUCAUGGAAACAUGGACAUGGUAAAACUCGCUGCGAUGAAUUAUUUUGAGUUGGAACCAGAGAAUGCAGGGAAAUACAUUGUCCUUUCUAAUGCUUAUGCUUCGUUUGGCAUGUGGAACAAUGUUGCAGAAAUCAGGAGAGUGAUGAAGGAGUCGGGGGUCAAAAAGGAGCCCGGGUAUAGCAUGAUUGAGGUUCAAAGACAAGCCCACUUCUUCUCUAUGGGUCAUAAUACUCAUACGCAAACAGGUUUGAUAUAUGAAGUAAUCAGGGACUUGACUUGCGUUCUGAGAGACACCGGAGAUUUACCAGAACUGAGAAGCUAAUGGGAAAACAGUGUUUCGUAGUUCACCUAUGAUCCUCCUCAGAGCCCCCACCCCCCACCCAUUCUGGUGAUUAGGCUGUACUAAAAAGAGAAUAUGCCUUUUUGCUUAGGAGUUGAAUUUUGCCAGUCGAAUCAAGCUUCAGUCAGUACUCAGUGUUGAUGCAUGAGGAUUGCAUGGGGAUUGGGAAGCAAAAAAAGAGAGGAGAAGAGAUGCAAAGAACGCAUAAGAAAAGGGAUGAUACUCCCUACUUGAGGUAAUUAGAGAGUUGGGCGAGAUGACAUUUACUUUAAAAG